UUCAGUUCUGUACGCGGAAGAAUGCAGUCGUAUUUUAUUAAUUUACUAUCCAAAAUCUAAUCCAAUUUUUGAUCUUGGUAAAUGCCAUGAGAAAUGUUAAUGAUCAUCUAAUCAAGGCAUAUUCAGUGUUUAUUAAUAGAAACGGAACGUAUCCUGUUUAUGAGUCAUCAGUAAGCGGAAAAUAACGGAAAGAAACUAAACAUCCUAAAACUAGCCUAAGCAAAACGUGAAAUCAAGCAUUUUGCUAUACGUAUAUAAAUCAUAAAAAUGAGUGAACACGAAGACUUGGAAGACGGAGAGAUCGAAGAUGAUGACGAAGAUGAAGUCCAAGUUCUGCCAGAGAAUGAAUCGAAUAUCAUUCCUGCAGUGAAUGUUUCAGCUCAACCCUUGGAAGAAUGGGAUGAAGACGAAAAGCUUCAUGAACCUAGUGAUAAGUCUGAAAAUGUCAAAAAAAUACUCGAUUCUAAAGCGCGACAUACCGAUGAUGUGGCUGCCCCUAAAAAUCUAAAACGAAGCAAACCAGCGCCGGUAGUUGAUGACUGGGCUACCAGUGUGGAAAAUGCCAUCGCAAGCGCAUUAAAAAAAGACGGCGUUCAACCUCCGAUGCCAUCAAUUAGCAAUCGUCACGAAGAAAACGAAGGAGAAACGCCUGCAAAACGAAAGAAACGAGACAAACAGAGGAAAAAAACAGUUCCAGAAAAGACGGAAGAAAUGGCUGAAAUUGAUCUUGAAUACGAAAUGAUGAACAUACGAGGUGGUAGUCCACGGCCGGUUCAGCAUGCCGAUCGAAGUGAUUCUGCAGAUAGCUACAGCUCAGACGAUUCUCGUGAACGCGAACGGGAGCGAGGUCGAGAACGACGAGACCGUGAUCGAGAGCGCGACCGUGAGUACAGCCGUCGUAAACGCAAAAAUCGUCCUAGGAACAGAGGGAAUCGGGAUAAUCGAAAACGCAAACGUGAUGAUUCCGAUGAUGAAAAGCAGCAUAGUCGCCACAGUGGUCCUCGAAAAAUGGAAUUGUGCAAGUUUUACCUUAUGGAUUGCUGCGCCAAGCGGGAAAAAUGUUUGUACAUGCAUUCCGAUUUUCCCUGCAAAUACUAUUACCUGGGACUGAAAUGCAAGGACAAAGAGAAAUGUCUUUUCAGUCACGGUGAACCAUUAUCGGAUGAGUUACGGAUAAUUUUACUGAAACAUUUAGAAACGGCACCACAGGAAAUACUUGGCGAUUUUCCUCGAAUAAGUCGGGAGAGUGCAAGCACCAUGGUCAAUGCAACGCAUCGAAAAUUAGUAGAGAAAUUCGGAAAUUCCGAAAAUGUGAAUACAACUGAUGAUGCAGCUAGUGGUAAAAUUCCCUCGUUACUGGAUAUGAUAGGAACAAGUGAUCGGAAUAGCACUAAAAAUCGCCGUUCUAGAUGGUGCGAGAAAAAUGCUGCCGAUAUUUCAGAGGGAGGCAAAAAAGACACUGGAAGCUCACAUGAGGAUUUCCUGAGCCUAAAACAUCUAUCUGGAGUAAUAUCGGCAGAACAAAUAGAAAAUUUAGAAAAAAUGGGUAUCCAUAAUCUAGACCAGAUAAAUCAACUCACAGUAGCUCAGUUGAAUGAACUUGGAUUGAGUAUUGGUCAAAUACAUGAACUGCAACUGAAUUCUCUUAAUAUGAAAAAGUUAAGAGACAAUAUUGCAAAACAAGGGACCAAGUCGAAUGAUACAGAAUUUCCUGAAUCAUCGACUUCGUCUCUUACUAACAGCAAUAAUGAUCUUGAUAUGCGUAUAACACCAUCACAUACUUCUCUGCAAAAAGAUUCCUCGGAAAUACACACGCUUGGUGGAAAGGACAUUGAUAUGAGAUUCCUCCCAAUUGUCAGUUCAGCAGCACAAGACGCAAAUGCUGCAAAUAACCCCCAUGCAACAGAAGAGAACUUAGAUUUGGUUUCCACUUCCCUGGCCAGUCUUAUCAAAACACCCACCGUGGAUUAUUCACAGUACCUCAAAGAUUCAAAUCUAAACGAUGACGAUGACAUGGAUAAUACUGAGAAUACAGACAAUCUACUGAUUGCACAUGACGACGACGAUGAUGAUGAUGAGGAGAACAAUCUCAAAAUCAGCAUUGAAGAUGAUGAACAGGAGGAAAAAGCCAAAAACAGCAGCGGAAACUGGGACAGUGAUGAUGAACCGCUUCAACCAAAACCAGCAAUUUUUGAUGAAAAAUUGAUUAAUCGCUCCGUAACUCAAAAGAUCGAUUACUCCAAACCCUUUGGAAUGUACAAAUCGACUGAAGAUGAACCGGAAACAUUUGCCGACCCUGUACAACAGACACGGUUUGAAAGCAAUGUGGAGUCAACGAAGAAACUGAACAGGCACGAUAUUCUUAGCCGAAAAUCAAUGUACAGUGCAAGCAUUAAUACACCCGAAAACUCUGGAGGAAAAUCUCCAUCAACUUACAAACAGCAAGUGUCUCCAUCACACAAUACGCAAACGAUGGGAUGGUCACCGAACUCUAGUAAUACAGCAGCUACUAUUACUGCUAAGACUUCUCAUUCCGUAAAACAGUCGCGACCAUCAAUCUAUGACGAUCCGUGUAACAGCGAAAAUAGUGAUGACAGUGACCCCGAAUCAAAGUCUUCAAUGUACACAGAUCGGGACAAGGACAUGAGGUUAGGCUUUCUAAAUUUAGAUGCUAAGAUUGGCGAAGAAGGAAGUCUUCUUAAUGAUGUAGAUUUACGGUUACCAUUUAAACCUAUUAUGACCAACUACAUCCCGGCAACGGAGAUUGACGGAUCGAUCACUUCGCAUCCGCCGAUCGUCUACAAGAUUAACGAGGUAGAUAUACCUAAACCUAACUAUAAAGAUAUACGCCGUAAUACGCCCCGCCCAGAGAGAACCAAAGAUCCCAGACUGCGACGGAUAUUCGGUAUUCCAAACGAUGAUAUCAAUGAGAAAAAUAGCCCCAGAGUUGACUCAUUAAUUCCUGGAAUGCGAUCUCCGCCUUCUGCUUUGCCGCAGAUGUCUCCUGUAGCAGCAAAUGGCCCUGUAGCGCCUCGCUUAGACCCUCGAACGAAACGGAAUCAGGAAAACAAACUUCAAGCAAAUGAACGGAACAGCGCUAGUACAAAGCCUGGAAACCCUGCUCAGUUGGACGUACAAACUAUUCUUCAACGAUCUUCCUGGUACACGGAUCUUAGUUCUAAACACAAAAUUAUGGUCAAUCAACAGCUCGCGAUUCUUACAACAGAGAUGAAGAAAUUCCACAACUCAGAUAAAUCUCCUGAUCUGUUGGCAGAUUUCAUGCAACUUUUAGCUGGUAAUCAAAUGCUGCAGUUUAUUUUAACCAAUCUGAACGUAUAUGUUGAUGACUCUGUGGCGUUUUGUGAUGUACCUCUGGUCCCUCCGCAACCCCCGCCAUUGAUGUCUGUUCCUCCACCGAACCUAGGACUUCCUGCGAUGGGAAUAAUUGCUCCAGUUGGUAUCCCACCUCCUCUAACGAAGCCACCAUCACUUUUCGAUCUUCCCCGGUUUAACUGCCCCCCCGAAGUCCGACCUGGUUUGCUUGGUGUAGCGCCAAAUAUGCCUUUUGAGCAAUUUUUAGCUAUGGGACAAGUCAAUAAAAACAAUAACCCCCCACCUCUGUUAGAAGAAUGGAUCGAUGAUUUCGACGAUGGUUUAGGUGGUGGAUUCACUCCUAACUAUGAACGAAAUAUGGGCAAUUUUAAUAACAUGCGCAACAACUCCAUGAGGAACAACAAUAGAAUGGGUAACUUUAGAAAUAAUGAAAGAUGGAAUAAUUCAGGAGGAGGUGGUGGAAACAAUCAGAAUCGCCGGAACAAUAAUAAUUCACGACGGAACAUGGAUAAAAAAAAGUAAACAAACAUCGAUCGGUAAUAGCAGAAUUUUUGAAAGAUACAUUUUUCGAAAGAUACAUUAGGUGGUAAAUGUCAAUAAGUUGCCUAGAUCACACUGUUCUAGGUAUCACCUAUAAAUCUUUCAAAUAUGAGGUAUCUGAAUACUUCUGUUUCCGACUCUAUGUAUCAUGCUUUUUUUUCAAAAUAUGUAAAUAUUUCAUAGGCGUUAUGGUUGUACGGUAUGAAUGGGAUGUUUUUAUAGCCGGGAAUGAAAUUUACUCAUUGCUGUUACAUAGGGAGCGUGUAUCUAUAUAGGCGAUAUUGGAUUUGUGUCAGGAUGCGCAAAUUAAUUUGAGUUUUAUCAGCUUUAACUUGCUUCGGUUACAACUAAGACCAGACCGUAUUAAUAUGCCCAGGGUCACUGAAUGCCACAGUUAGUUGUUUGAGGCAACACCAAAACAAUAGUAAUUAGUACUACCUUUAUAGCCAACUUAGUUUUUUAAGAAUUAUUGUAAUAUGUACAGAUAAACCAGAGAGAUUAUCCCAAGAAGCGAAUGUUCAAAUAUUUGCAUAAAUAUGCACCGACUA